GCGCGCGGAGCCAUGGAGGCCUCCAGCGAGGCGGGUCGCCUCGUGCAGCAGCUCCAUCGUGGCUCGGAGAAGCUGAGCUGGACUGCGCCCCAAGCACCCUGCUUUGAGCACUUCUCCAGGAUGCAACGAAUUACAGACAUUCAGGCGGAAAUCAACCAGAAAAACCUGGAGUUAGAACUUCUGAAGAUGGAAAGGGAUUCAGCAGAUGUUGCUCAUCCUUUCUACCUAGCUCGGAAGUGUGACGCCUUACAGAGCAUGAACGGCCACCUGGAAGCCGUGCUGAAAGAGAAGAGGUCUCUCCAGCAGCGACUGAUGAAACCCCUUUGUCAGGAGAACCUGCCGAUUGAAGCCGCGUACCACAGGUUUGUGGUGGAAUUGCUCGACUUGGCGGUGGCCUUCAUCGCCGAGCUAGAAUCCCAUCUCGAUAUCAUCCGAAGCAUCCCUCAUUUAGAGUCCGCUCUAAAAAACAUGCACCCGUCUGAAGCCGAUAAUGUCGGAAACCAGAGUUGACCGUCAGAUAGGUGGAGACAACUGGGAGAAAUUCCACAGGCAAAGAGUAAGAGGUCACCUACAACAUUUUUCUUAAUUGUCAUCAGGUUUCUGCCUUCAAUCGGUAGUAUUUAUCGAGCACUCACUGGGACCACAGCCCGGCUCUCUGCCUGUGAGCAAGAGAUCAGAUUUGAAAAUUGGACCUAAACCCCAGGAGGAGGGGAAACAGAAUCCAAGGGCCCCAGGUUUCCGGGGAAACAAUCCUGGAAUUCGAAACAAUCCUGGAAUUCGAAUGAUCCUGCGAGACGAGUUAUGACGGUCAGAAUCUUUGUGAUGCCAAGAGGCGCCUGCCGUUCUUCGGCGAUUCAACAGAUGAUUUCAGGGCACUGAGUGAUUAGAAAUCUGUCAGUGGUAUUUGUUGAGCACUUAUCCUGUGCAGAGCACUGUGCUAAGUGUUCGGGAGAGCUCAAAUGCAAUGUUCCCCGCUUGCAACAAGCUUUUAUUCCAGAGGGCAAGACAGACAUUAAUGUAAAUAGAGAAUGUGUAAUAUAUCGUUUAGGCAGGAGUUCCAGUCAUUUAUUUUUGCAGCAACGCUUUAAAAAUUGCUACCUGGAGCUGGUCUUCGGGUCGGCCACGGUGUACGUAUAGAACCGUCCUCCGUAAUCAAAGAAGGAGCAGCUACAGGCGUGGGAUUCAGAAGGACCUGGGUUCUAAUUCCGGCUCUGCCACUU